GCCGCGGCCGCCCCCAGAUGGCUCUGGCGUCGCGCCGGUCCGCCCCGAAGAGACUCCCUUCUGCUGCGGCGCUUUCGAGGCUCUCUCUCUCUCCUGGGCGCUCUUUCGGAGGGACCCGGGCCUCGGCGGGAGAUUCGGCGCCGUGACUCUGCGCUCGACACGAAAAGGCCGCUGUCAGGGAUGUGAAGGGCGGCACACGGAGGCUGUGUGUGGCGUGGUCGAGGUCGCAUGGUGGCACGAGGCAUCAUUUGCAGCAGCAUCCUGGAACCUGCCGGAGGAAUCUUGAGGAGACCUUACCGGGGCGUGAGAAUCACCCUCCAGGACAGCGACGCGACCAGCAAGAAGACCUCGCCGGGUUCUUCCUUUUCCUCCUCCUCCUCUUCUUCCCUCUCUUCCUCCUGACGUGAGUCUGUCGUCAUCAGUCCCCUUUCCUUCUCUCCCUUUAUCGCCGGUUCGAUCGGGUCGCCCCAUUACGCUCUCUGCCAUUAGCCCCCCCCCCCCCCCCCCCCGACUCGCUGACUCUUCUUGCAGCUUUCCCCUCUCCUCUCUCCUGCUUCGCCCUCGCUUCUUCUCGGCUCAGACCGCGCUGUGUUUGCCAAGGACUUUUCCAGCGCAAGUAAAAGUGUCGGCUGCGUCCGCGUGACGGCGGGGAGGCUGAGUUGCCGCUGGACUCCUCGCUGAACCCCCACAGUCGCUGCAGACGCCACGACGUGCACUUGCGCGGCCCACUCUCUCUCUCCCUGCUGGCCGCCUGUCAUGCCCCUCCGUUCCUGCGGACGCGUUUCCUCCUGUUCCGCCAUCCGCCCCCUCUGACGGCGCUUGCCCUCGCGCGACCCGCCGUCCUAUGAGACAGGAGACAGCUCCUGCGCCUGCAUCGUCGUCGGCAGCAAGAGUGUGUGUCGAGCGAUCGUCCCCGCAAGACGGACGCCGGAGCGAGAGUUCGCAGGAGCCUUCCGGAGCGACGCAGAUCCGCCUAGGACGCAGCCGAGAGGCCCCAGGACACCAGUAGGGCUCCCUCCCGCGCUUGGACCUCCGGCAGGAUGAGUACCGUAGCGGACUUCUACCGUGACCGGAGCGUGCUCAUCACGGGCGCCACGGGCUUCAUGGGCAAGGUCCUGGUGGAGAAGCUGCUCAGGUCAUGCCCGGGCCUCUCCAAGAUCUACCUGCUCAUGAGGCCGAAGGGCGGGCACCACGUGGACGCCAGGCUUGAUGAACUCCUCAACUCGAAGGAUGUGGUGGAUCCAGCAGGCGUGGCGAGUGCUGGUGGUGGUGGUGGCGUGGCGGCUGGUGAUGCUGCGCAGCCCGGCGGCCCGGAGAGCGUGGUACGGCCUCUUCCGCCUCCUCGUCAGGCUCCUCACCCACCUGCCGAUCCUCAACAGGAUAUGAGGCACGCCACCGCCUAGGAUCUACCCCAACAGCUCCUCCGUCAUCGUCGUUUUUCUCUGGUCACCCUCGCCCUGCGCCUGGCUGUGCUCAUAAGGGCGGCCUCAGCUCGACCCGUUGUUGUUAAUAAUCAUCGAUAUCUUGUCGCGGUUGGGCCCUCAGGCUCGGCCUCCGCGCCCUCUCGCGCCUCUCGCUCGCCCGCGCGGGUCCUGCUCCGGGGCGAGGCGACGCCGAGGGAGGCUCUCUCUCUCUCUCUCUCUCUCUCUCUCUCUCUCUCUCUCUCUCUCUCUCUCUCUCUCUCUCUCUCUCUCUCUCUCUCUCUCUCUCUCACUUUCCCCUUUACUUGAUUAUUGUCAUUGUCGUGCGCCGGGCGGAUCCGAAGAAUGAGAAGAGAAGAGGGACAGAGAGGAGGAGAGGGGGAGGGGGUGCAGGAGAGGGGGGGAGGAUCUGUGGCACGCCCCGCUCCAGAGGCCGCGAAACCGCCGUCACCCUCCGCCUGCGCCGCCUUCGAACUUCCCUAGUCAAAACCUCAGGCCCGUUUUCUAGGACACAGCUCCGCCGCCUCUCAUCCCGUGUUUCCUCUGCGCUGCGGUUCCCUCUGGCGUUCCUGCAAUCCUCCGCCAAUGCCCUUUUUUUGAGUCCCUUGUGCAGUCUUUUCCUCCGCCGCUCUCUCUUGCCCUGGCCUGCCUGGAAGCAGUGCGCCGCCACUGGCUGGACGGGAAGGGCCCUGAGCCGCGUCGAGAUCUGUGAUAAACUUGCCCUUCUUCGAAAUUGAUGCCUGCUCCGCAGCCGCUGGCCCGCGCCCGAGUGGCCGAGUCGAGACUCUCCGGCCCGCGACGCGAAGGCCUGGAGGGGGUGUUUAGGCGCAUAGUCAUCUAGUGAACAUUUUAGCAGUAAACUGUGUAUAUAUAUGGCAUAAAGUCUCUAGUGCAUGGAUUCUUUGGCUGUCCCAAGGAACGCCUUUAAAGCUAGACGAAGUUUAGUGUAAAGUGUAAACCCAAGGGUGCAGAGAGGAGCGUCCUUCCGGGCAGCCUUCUGGUAGGACGCCAGGUGGAGGCGGGGGGCGGCCCGACGCGAGACCCCUCGGGCAGCGCCUCGGGCCUUCGCGGAGUCGAUUCCCACCGGGGCGCUCUCUCACGUGCACGGGAGAUCGCCCUGUGGCCGCCCCCCUGCCCGCCUGCCUCCUGCGAGCGAUGGGCGUGAGGGACCUUUGCCCGCCCGCCCCAUCCCGCCUCGCGGCCAGGCUCGUCCCAGGAUGCUCAAGCUAAUGUCGGUCACGCCUUAUUUCGCUGCGUAGUCGGGAUUCUGGUAACUCUCCGUUUUGUUGUCAUUUGCCGCACAAAGUUUGUAUUCACUCGAAGGGGGAGGGACUAGUAUUACCUUACGUCGCUGCUUUCUGAAUGUCACCGCGCAGGCUCUCGGGGGCCCGGACCGCACCUCGUAGGCUCUCGGGGGCCCAGACCGCACCGCGCAGGCUCUCGGGGGCCCGGACCGCACCUCGCAGGCUCCUGACAGAGAUCGCUGCGAGUCACUGGGCAUUUCGCAGACCGGGGCGGCGUCUCUGCCUCGGUUCCGCCGCAGCCUCGGCAUCUCACGGCUGAGACCAAAAUCCAGGAAUCCCACGUCGGCUUACGAAUUGAAGGAUAGCAUAGGGACCCUCACUCGCGGUUCCUGGGGGCAUGGCCUGCACCGGGGGCGCUACGGUGCUCGUGCGAAUAGAGUGCGAAGCGUUAUCAAAGCUUGGGUUGAGCCACGUAUGAGACAACGGUGCCCUGUAAUUGUUUCGUUUGAAUAUGUGUGUGUGUUUGUGUAUAUAUACAUGAAUGAACACUUAUGCACUUACACGCACACAUCCAUUAACGUUUCUAUUGAUAUUUCUAUUGAAAGGAGAACAUUUAUAUUAAACGUUCAGGCAUUGCAUUGUGCGAAUGGCUCCGUCACCUUGCUGUUGAAAUGUUGCUCGGGGAAGGGAUGCCUUUGCGGAUCUAUCGUUGAUAAUGCAACUUGCAACUUAGCUGCGCAUCCUAUAGUCAAUCAUGGAACAUCUUGUAUUUUUCUCUCCAUUUUUUCAUAUAUCAUAGAGUUUCUUUCCUACUCCAUGCCCACGCAACCCGUGGGCGUGCGGAUAACCAGCAUUUGUAUGUACCGGUAUUCUGUAUUUCAUUUUUCCUCGAGUCUUGUUUUCUCGUCGCAUUUAUUGUUUUCGUUAAGAAAGGUGGAUUGUCUGUGCUGUCGACUUUUAAAAGAUAAGGAAUUCCUGCAUUUGUUAGCAUAUCCUUUCUUAUUGCAUGAUUUAAUUACCAAAGACAUUAUACGGUUUACAAUGUUUUCAAUGUAUUUGAUCCAAAAAAAAAAGAAGGUUGUUAUGAAUAAACAUCGGGUUAUGCAAAUGAAGUAUACAUGUCGGUGUUUAGCUCUGUCCCUUUCCAACAUUCCGUUAGUUUCCGGGACCAUCGGAGUCAGCACGAAGGAAGACGCACUUGUGGGUUUGUUAUUGAAGGCCGUUCUCGCCUCUCCUUUUCCACCGUAUCCUUUAUUUAUUGUCGAUUUAUAUUUUGAUGUAAUUCGGUAUGUCAGCGGGAAGUGUAGUUCGUCAUUCGGUUAGAAAGAGACAAAUCGUGUCUUUGCAGUCACCAAUUUGCAACACGGAGAGGCUUGAGCGUCUUCGUGUGGGAUGUGUUAAGUCUUCGUUCGUAAAAGGUUAGUCUUGUUUCCCUGCUGGCGGUGAUCUCGCGCUGAUUAUUAAUUCACUAAGUAACCACUGUGACUGUUAUUUUCCCAGGUCGUUAUAGCUAUGAAUUGUUCAUAUUACUUUCCUCUUGUUUGGAAAUAUUCCCCUUCUCAGUGACUGCGUGUAUCUUCAGUGCUUUCGGCCCAGCCUCAAUUCCUUUCAGUAUUAUCAAUAUCAUUACUCGUGCUUAUUAAGACGAUGGCUUUCGUGAUUGUUUUUGUGUUAAGGAUGCCUUCAGUAUUAUCUUGUAUUUAUUUCAUUAUUAUCAUUAUCAGAGGCAGCACGUUCGCCCACCACAUUCCUGCAAUAAAAAAUAGAGAAAGAAGUCUGGUGCUUUUUUGUAAUUUCUUCUUUCUCACGGACGUGUUUGAGAUGAUUUCGAACGGAGAAGAGAGGUAAAGAGAAAGAGAGAGAGAGAGAGAGAGAGA